AUGGCCUCCGACCUAAUAGCCCACCACUACCUCCACACGGCCCCCUCACACGUCUCCCACCUGACGCCGAAGCCCUUCUCGACAGCCCCGACCCCUCCAUCGCACUUCACCCUGUACACCACCACGAGUAACGAAUCCGUGGAGCGCGUAUGGCUAAUCCUGCACGGAGACGCCGAUGUCCCGAACCCGUCCGAGCAGAUGUACGCUCUCCUCUCCACCCCGCCGCUCGCCGGAAAUCAUCGAAAGCUCACGGUCAACACGUACGACAAGCGUAUCGUUCAGUGGGCCAUCGGGAUUGGGAACCGUGCCAUGCGUGUGGACUUGCUCUACGAGAUGGUGCUGAAGCCUGAGGGAAUAAGAGAAGAGAGGGCUGUGAAAGGGUACAAGGUGGGCAGGGGGGAGGGCUGGUUCGUUGGGGAGUUUCCAUCCAUGGCUGGAAUUGUGGGUGUUGGCGGGGAGGAGGUUUGGGUUGUGAUGACGGAUGGGCGGGAAAGCGGGGAGGAGGUGGUUAGUUGGAUGACGGUUGUUAGGACUCAGGAUGGGGCGAGGUGUUAUAUUAGUACCCUCGAGACCAAGGAGAGCUAUAGAGGGUUAGGGUUGGCGGGUAUGCUUUUGACUGGGUUUCUGAAGGGGGAGAAGGGGGAGGUUUGGAUUACUGUAUUUUGUGUCAAUUGGGUAGCGGUGGAGAUGUAUGUGAAACUGGGAUGGAGGACGAAGAGGUGUUUGUGGGUGGUUGGGCAUGGGGGGGAUGAGGUUUAG